UAGGUGACUCAUGGAAAGCGCUUUGAUUUCAUUGGAAAAGAUAAAUUUCUCCCAAACAAACAGUAUAUAUUCAGUCAACGAAGAGACAGCCUCAGCACCUAAAACAACACUCAUCUCAUGGUGCAUUCAUAUUCAGCGGCGCAACAAAAGAAAUUGAUCGUGUUCGACACCACGCUACGAGACGGAGAACAGUCUCCGGGGUGUAGCUUGAACCUAGAAGAAAAGGUAGUUGUCGCUAAACAAUUAUCCUUGCUUGGUGUCGACGUAUUGGAAGCAGGCUUUCCUAUAUGCUCCAUUGGCGACUUUGAGGCGGUCAAACGUAUUGCUACAGAGGUUGCGCCCUCCAUGGAAGGCCGUGAAAAAAUUGGAAAACCAAUGAUCAUCGCUGGCCUUGCUCGUGCCGUUCCUGCCGAUAUCAAACGCUGCGCAGAAGCGCUAGAGCCUGCGCCUCUCAAACGCAUUCAUAUAGUUCUUGCCACUUCUGAUAUUCACCUCCAGCAUAAGCUAAAGAUCAGUCGUGACGAGUGUGUAAAGCGAGCUGUUGAGUCCAUUCAGCUUGCAAAAACUCUAUGCGACGAUAUUGAGUUUUCACCAGAAGAUGCUGGUCGAUCAGAUGAAGAAUUCUUAAGUUUUAUUCUAGGAAAAUGCAUUGAAGCCGGCGCUACUACCAUCAACGUUCCUGACACUGUGGGUUACAAUACACCUGAAGAAUAUGGAAGACGGGUAAAAUAUUUAAUAGAUCGCACUCCUGGAUCUGACAAGGUUGUAUGGUCAACACACUGUCAUAACGAUCUCGGUCUUGCAACGGCAAAUACACUUUCUGGCAUCCAAAACGGUGCCCGACAGGUUGAAGUGACUAUCAAUGGAAUUGGUGAACGAGCCGGGAACACGGCUCUAGAGGAAACGGUCAUGGCUAUCCACACACACCCUACCUACUACCCAGUUUUUCACACCAUCAAUACAAAGCAGCUUUGUUCUUCUUCACGGCUUGUAUCAAGCCUCACUGGAUCCGCUGUUCAAUCGAACAAGGCUAUCGUUGGACACAAUGCCUUCUUGCACGAGUCCGGAAUUCAUCAGGACGGCAUACUGAAAAAUAAGUCCACGUAUGAAAUUAUCACACCCGAAACUGUAGGCGCCAAUGAGGUCUCUCUAAUACUAGGAAAACAUUCUGGUCGUAAUGCAUUCCGACAGCGUUGCAAGGAACUUGGCUUUGCCAGCAUAUCGGAUCAGGCAUUGCAAAAGGCAUUUACGGACUUCAAAGCCCUCUGUGACCGUAAAAAGUCCGUGAACGACUCGGAUAUUCUUGCUAUCCUCGCAUGCUAAGCACUGAACUAAACAGUAUAUUAUAGCGCAAUCUUUAUGUAAGAGUUAUGAAAAUAUACGUCCUUGGUUUCUCGUGA